AUAAAAAUCGCUUCUGUGUGUAGUAGUUAACUUUCAUACUUGCAACUCCAAUCAAAACCUCCGAUUUCUCAUAAAAACCUACUUUGGGUGUACUGUGGGAUCUUCACACACCCUAAUCACCACUCACUUGGCAAUGUCAUCAUCUUCAGCCCUCUCAAGAUUGGUUAAUCUCCAAAGGCAAUUUGAACAAACAAAACGGAGUGAGAAUGGUUCUAGUAAAGGGGAUGUCAAGAUAUCACCAGAAGUGUUUGAUGCUUUGUCAAAUGGCCGUGCUGUUGUAGCUCUCGAAUCCACUAUAAUUUCACAUGGAAUGCCUUAUCCGCAAAACUUACAAACUGCAAAGGAGGUGGAGGCAAUUGUAAGGGAGAAUGGAGCAGUUCCAGCCACAAUUGCUAUUUUAGACGGCAUACCAUGCAUAGGUCUUAGCAAUGAACAACUAGAGAGGCUUGCAAGUCUUGGCACUAAAGCUCAAAAGACAGCUCGCAGGGACAUUGCACAUAUUGUGGCAAGUGGAGGAAAUGGCGCAACAACUGUUUCAGCAACUAUCUUCUUUGCGUCUAAGGUUGGGAUCCCUGUUUUUGUUACCGGAGGAAUUGGAGGGGUGCACAGACAUGGUGAACAGACUAUGGAUAUAUCUUCUGAUCUGACUGAGCUUGGAAGGUCUCCGGUUGCAGUAAUAUCUGCCGGUAUCAAAUCAAUAUUAGAUAUUCCAAGAACUUUGGAAUAUUUGGAAACACAAGGUGUUACAGUUGCGUCUUAUAAGACCCAUGAGUUCCCAGCAUUUUUUACAGAAACAAGUGGCUGCCAGGUGCCGUGUCGUGUAGAUUCUCCCGAAGACUGCGCUCGGCUUAUAGAUGCCAACCUGAAACUCGGACUUGGAUCUGGCAUCCUAAUUGGUGUUCCAAUACCGAAAGAACAUGCUGCUUCAGGAAGAAUGAUAGAAUCUGCAAUACAAACUGCCCUAAAAGAAGCAAGGGACAAAAAUGUGUCUGGAAAUGCUGAAACACCUUUUUUGCUCGCAAAAGUGAACGAACUAACUAAAGGUGCCUCACUGGCAUCAAAUAUUGCACUUGUGAAGAACAACGCACUUGUUGGCGGAAGCAUUGCUGCUGCUCUUUCUAAACUCAGAUGAAGUUUGCUUGUUAGCUAGAAUUUUGGGUUAACGUGAAUUUGUGACCCCAUACAGUUGAUGGAGAUCAUUUACAAGCAUCUAGGUUUCACGCAUUGCUGAAGGAGUUCAUGUUAGAAUGACCUUUUGCUAUGUUAAUUCAUUCAUCAAGUGCAGUUCUGGGUUUAAAUGGUCCCAGACCCGAAUCAGGAGCAGAAUGUUCAGUAAUGCUGUAACCCCAUGCAACACAAUGGGCUGUAUACAAUUGUUUUUUUAUUUCCAUCGACAGUGGAAAUUUGACAUUUUGCCAUAUAUACAAAACUACAUAAUAUGUUGUUUAUCUCCGGUUGAAAUUCAACAGUAGAAUUUUAAUUUUA